AUGUCCCCAAAAGAGCAUGAACAUGAUACAAAUGAAUUUUCCCAUGAAAAAAGAAAAAAAAAGAAAAAAAUAGAUAAAUGGAAUAUAUCACAUACAAAAGGAUCCAAUGAUUUAAAAAGCUAUUUAUAUAGCAUGUGUAUAAAUUUUUCUUAUAGUGAUAUUUAUCAAGAAUAUAUAAGUCGAUUAAGUUUGAAUUCGUAUAAUAAUUGUGAUUAUGAUCAAAUAAGAAGAAGUUGUUAUAUAUCUAAAAAUGAUUUUUUAAAAUAUUAUAAUUUUCUAUUAUAUGAUAAUAAUUUUGAGUUAGAAGAAGAAGAAGAAAAUAAUGAUGUAGAUGAAUUUUCUUUUUUUUUUAAAAAUCCAAAUAAUUCGAGUGAUAUUGAAGAAGUGGCAACUUAUUUGAUAGGAAAAUGUGAUGGCGAUACAAAAGAAAACAAAGAAAAAUAUAAAGAAAGAGCUCAUAAAAUAAUAAAAAAAUUAAUAUUAAAUAAAUAUAGAAAUAAAAACAUGUUAUUAACAAUGAGUACAGAUGAUGAUGAUGAUGAUAAUAAUAGUGAUAUAGCAGAAAAAUCAAAAAAAAAAAAAUAUCAAAAUGAGCAAACAGAUAGAAAACGAAAAAAUAGUACAAAUUAUUAUGAUUUAGAAAGUUCCACUUUGGGGAAGUUUAAUGCAAAUGCGCAAAAUAAAUUUUAUAAUAAUUGUGAGCUGAUAAAAAGUGAAGAAAAUUAUGAGAAAAAUUAUGAGAAAAAUGAGAAUGAGAAAAAUUACUUCCCCAAGAUAAUAAAAAAAUCAUUUUUUUUGCUUCGCAAUUUUGUUAUUGAUAAGAAUGAAAUUUCUUUUAUGUCUAAUUUAAAUAUUUACUUUUUAAAUUAUGAAAAUGUUUCAAAAAAUGAAAUAAAAAAUGUACAUAAUAAUCACUAUUUUUAUAUGUUAAAUAAUUUGUCUGCAUCAAAAAAUGACCCAUCUGUUGAAAUGUAUUAUAAUUUUUAUAAAAAGUUAGUAAGAGAUAAAAUAAAUCUAAGUAAUGAUUCUUUAAAAAUAGAAGAUGAAGAAAUAAAAAGGGAGCCAAUAUUAGAUAGAAUAAAAUAUGAUGAAAAUAUUUAUGGGUCGAAUACAUCCGAGAAAUUUAUGAAAGAUAGUAUUAUAUCAUCAAAAAAUACACAAAUAAAUAUCAAAAAUGUGAAUAAACUUUCAUAUGAUGAUAGCUAUUCGAUAUUGUCUUAUAAAGGGAAAAGUGAAAUAAGUAUGCAAAAUGUAACAAAAAAUGUAACGAAAAAUGAAUCAGCUUUAUCAAAGACAGAACAUAACAGUUAUAGAAGGAGAAGUAUGAAAAGAUUAUGUUCUGAAGAAAUUGAAGUAUAUUUUAAAAAAGUAAUAAAAAAUGAAAUAAUAAGUUUUAAUCAAAAAAGAAUUGAUAAUAAAGAUAAAUGGAAUACAUUAUUUUCAUUUAUGUUUUCAUGUAUUGGUGCCUCAUUAAGUACCCAUUGUUAUUUAGAUUUAUCUGAAAUAAAAACAAAAAUAGAUUUUUUUUUACUUUUUUCACUUAUUAUAAUUUGUUAUAUAUUUAUUGGAUUGCCAUUAUUACAAAUGGAAUUCUCACUUGGACAAAUAUCACAAUCUUCUGUUGUAAAUUCUUUUAGUUUUUUAAAAAAAAAAUAUACAGGUAUUGGUAUUAUUACUUUAAUAAUAACAUUUAAUAUAUUAUCAAAAAAUAUAUAUAAAAGUGUAGAUACUGUUAUCAUUAUUACAAAUUCAAUAAAAAAACCUUUACCUUGGCAAACAAAUUAUUGUGAAAAAAUAAAAUCUAAAGAGAUAUGUAUUCAAGAUGAAAGAUGUAGAUGGGUAUUCAUAUCUUCAGAAACAGAAAUUCCAAAAAAAAAUUAUAAAAGAAUAAUAAAAAAACAAAAUAAUAUAUUCCCAUAUUUAAAUCCACAAAAUAAUACUAAACUUUUAAUUGUACCAAAAAUGGAAUGUAAAUCAAUAGGAAUUUUAGAAGGGAUUCAUUUUUUUUCAAAAGAUAUAAAUAUUUAUUGGAAAGUUACAUAUUUAUUAUUAAUUAUGUUAAUAUUAUAUAUUUUGUUAAGAGUAGAAGAGAUGACUUGUAAUAAAUUCUUACAAUAUUCUUUUUUAUUUUUUAUAACAAAUUGUAUUUUCCAGAUGAUACAAAUGUAUAGUAAAAUUUGUCUACAUUGUAAUAAUAUUCAAAAUGGUGUUAAUUCUGGUUAUAAAGAAAAAAGUAUAUUUUGGGGAGAAGAUAAUUUAUUCUAUAUAAAUAUAAAAUUUAUUGGAAAGAUAAUAAAUAUUGUACUAAUUUCUAUUAAUUGUUCUACAGGAAUAAAUUUUAUGUUUUCAUCAUAUACGAAUAUAGGAGAUAAUAUAUUACCAUUUAUUCCAUAUAUUAUAUUAGGAUCUUUAAUUGGAAUAGUAAUACAUUUUGGAUAUUAUUAUUUAUGUAUAUCUAUUAUAAUAAAAUAUGGAAAUGUAUAUGAUGGUAUAGAAUUGAAUAACUUACUUAUGGGUUUAAAUAUAUUACCAAUUAAUUAUGGUUCUUUUGAAGAUUUGUUUAAAAAAGAGAAAACAGUUAUAAAAAAUAAGAUAAUAUAUUUUAUAGCUUUAUCAAAAAUGAAUUUACCAAAUAUUAUGACUUUUACAUAUUUUUUGUCAUCUUUAUUAUUAUUACUUAUAUCUUGUUCUAUACAUUUAAAAGGAAUUUUAUUAAUUUUAAAAGAAAGUAAAAAAUUAAUAAAUUAUAAAAAAAAAAUUAUUAGUAUAUUUAUAAUUAUUUUAUAUUUUUUUAUUGUUUUAUUUAUUAUUGUAUUUCCAGUAUGUCACAAAAUUAAUUUAUUAAUAGACAACAUUAUAUCACAUUACAUUUAUUUUUUUGUUAUUUGUUUACAACUAAUAUGUGUAACAUGGAUAUAUAAUUUUGAUAGUAUAAAAAUUUUUAUAAAAAUAAACUUAUUAGAAUAUAUUUGUCUUUUUAUUUUAUUUUUUUUUAUAUCUUUAUUUAUUCCUAUUUUUAUAUAUUUAUAUAGAAAUAGAAAUAAGAUGGUUGGAUCGAACCCAUUUUAUUUUUCACUUAUAUUUUUUUUAUUUUUAAUUUUAUCAUUUUUACUUAUUAACAUUUUUAUUACUGUGUACAGAAAUAAAGGGAAUACAAAAUUCAAGACAAAAUUAUAUUUUUUAUAUUUAUUUAAUAUUGAUAUAUUUAGGAAAAAAUUAAAUAAUAUACUAUAUGGAAAAAAACGUACUUAUAAUUUGGGAGAAAAACAUACAAUAUGUUUAUACCCUUAUUUUCAAAAGCUUAGUAUAACAUGGUGUUUAUUAGUUAAAUAUGUAAUUCCAUUUUUUUUAAUUUUUAUUUUUUCAUCUAAUUCAAUAUAUAAUAUUCAUGACAUUUUUAUUUCUAACAAGUAUAGUGAACAAACCAAAGCAACACCGAUUUAUUCCAAAAAUGGCCAAAGCGGGAAAAAUGGGCAAAAUAGGCAAAACGGGAAAAAUGUACAAAAUUGGCAAAACAUUCCACCAAACAAUCUACGAAUAAAUAAUAAUAUAAAUUUAAAGAGUGGAGAAAAUGGAAAUUUAAAUGUCUUUAUAAAUAAACAAAAUGAAUAUAAAAAACAAAACUUACUGAAUGAAGGAAUAAAAAAAAAUAAAUACGGAUUUGGACUGUUGAUACAAUAUAUAGUAUCAAUAAUAAUGAUAAUAAUUAUAUGCUUAUUUUCAGUAGCCCCUUUUAUAAAUUCUAAAAAUUUAUCUAUAUUUGUUUUACCCUUAACACACAUAUGGAAUAUUAAUGAUAUUCAAAUAAAAAAAAAAAAACCUAUAAAUUAUUUAUAUACAAGAUAUAUAUAUUUUUUUGAAGAGAUUUUACCGUGUGAAAAAAUUAUGCCAUUUUAUGUUUGGGAACAUAUACAAAAACAUAUAAAAGAUGAAAGUUUUAUAACAUCAUUAAAAAGAGAAAAUGAAAAUAAUUCUAAUAUUAAUGAUAAAAGUUUUAUUAACAUGAAUAAAGACAAUUAUGAAAAAUAUAUAUUAGAUUUAAUUGGAACUAUCUUCAAAUCGUUGUAA